GCCACUCAGACUGUCUGCUGAAGCCUGGAAGUCAACAAGACUCACCAAGACUCACCUGUUCAGCUUCAUCUGAAGAGCGCCACCAGACAAACUGCACCGGAGCGCACCGUGAAAUAAUUAUUCAACAACAUGGAAAUACAGCGUUACCAAAUACAGCCGGUUGAAGACGUGGCCUCGAUCAUGACCUCAGACAUGGCGGUGGCUGCUCUGAGUCAACCUUUCACCCUCGGGAUGCUCGUUGACGCUCGCAAAGAUCGACUGACUCCGGGCUUUAUGCUGUGGGACGAUAAAACCAUACAAGAAAGCACAGAGGUGACGCCUCACCACAGCAGUGAGACCUUCAUUUCUACAUCCGACUCCACUGAAUCCAAAACAUCUCUCCUCGAUGUCAACACCUCUCUAAAAGCCAGUUUCCUGGGUGGUCUGAUAGAAGUUAAUGGAUCUGCCAAAUACCUGAAUGACCAGAAAAAGUUCAUCAACCAGAGCAGAGUGACCUUUCAGUACAAAGCUACCACUAACUUCAAACAGCUGUCUCUGGCUCAUCUUGGCAACAUGGAUCCACAACAGAUGAGUGUGAUUGAGAAGGACUUUGCAACACACAUUGUCACCAAGAUCCUUUAUGGGGCAAAUGCUUUCUUCGUGUUUGACAGUGAGAAGUUGGACUCGAGCAGCGUGCAGAAAAUGGAGGGCAGCAUGGAAGCUGUCAUCAAUAAGAUCCCCUCCUUCACUGCUGAGGGAAAUGUCAAGAUCGAGCUGACUGAAGAAGAAAAAUCUCUCAUUCAGAAGUUCUCCUGCAAAUUUUACGGAGACUUCAUUCUUGAAAGCAACCCUGCAACAUUUGUUGAUGCAGUGAAGACCUUUGCAGAACUGCCGAAGCUGCUGGGAGAAAAUGGAGAGAAAACCGUCCCGGUGAAGGUCUGGUUGAUGCCACUGAAGAACUUAUCUACAAAAGCUCCUGAUCUUCUGACAGAUCUCAGUGUUGGUCUGGUGAGGAGAGUUGAAGAAACUCUGGAAGACGUGAAGCAGAUGGAAUCCAGAUGUAAUGAAUCUCUGGUGGAUGGAGUGGGAGAGGAUUUCCCACAGAUUCAAGAAGACCUGCAUCGUUACCAGAAGCUGUGUAAUUACUACACAUCUAAUCUUCAACAGGCCCUGGAGAAGAAGCUUCCCUCCAUCCGUGAAGGUAAAGAGGAUGAGAGCUCACUGAAACAACUCUUUGACAGCAGAGCCACGUCACCGUUCAGUCAUGAAAACCUACUCAAGUGGCUGGAGGGUAAAGAGAGAGAAAUCAACGUCAUCAGGUCCUGUGUAGAAAUAAUGGAGGGAGUGAAGAUCGUCCACAACCAGUCCGAACUGGAUCGAGAAGUUCUCAGUCCAGGUGUCCAAUAUACUCUGUGCUUUGUUUUCACCUCUUUGGAAAGUGCUGACCCCUGUCUGGAUGCAAUGGAUCAAUACCUGGAUUCACUUCAACCUAGAAUCACCACUGACAUCCCAUGGUACUACUCAGAUGAAGUUCUAACCAGAAUGAGAGAAAAAGCCAGAACCUUCCACGAUCUCGCCAACAAGCUCAAGAAAUACAAGAAGUGUCACUUUCUUGUGGCAGCUAUUGAAAAUAAGAAUCACACAGGAGCAACAAUCUACCAGUACAAGGACGGCAUCCUGAUCACUGAUGAUUUCCUCAGACCAGUUCCUCCAGUGGAGACGAUCAAAGACAAAACAGACCUCAUCCGGUAUGUCUGUGAUCUCACUGUGGACCCCGACACGGUGAGCAACAGCCUCUAUUUUAGUGAAGAAGAUGGAAGUGAUGGAAAGGAAGUCUUUAAGACGAGUGGGCACUUCUCAUACCCUGAUAACCCAAAGAGGUUUAACGUGCCACAGUUCAUGUGUCGAGAAAGUCUGACUGGACGUCAUUACUGGGAGGUUGAAUGGAGUCCUCAAACACUCGAUUAUGUCGCUGUAGCAGUUGCAUAUGAUGGAAUAGAAAGAAAACAAGAUUCAGGGCUUCUCCAAAACAGUCCCAAAGCUUGGGGCCUGAGACAUGUGACCCUGCUUGGCAAUGGAAUAAUUGUCUUCCAUUACCCUGACGAUCAUUUGACUUGGCGUGAUGCCACUGGUCACACCCGGAUCGGGGUGUAUCUGGACUGGCCUGCCGGUACUCUGUCCUUCUACAUCGUCUCCUCAGACACCCUGAGUCACAUAUACACCUUCCGCACCAGAUUCACUGAGCCUCUUUACCCCACCUUCCUUGUGGGAUACCCAAACAGUUACAUCCGGCUGCCCCCACCUUUGUGAUGUACCAGUCAAACACAGUUGCCCCGUUUACAUGGGUCCAAAAAUCCUCCCUGUAAUCAGAUUGUCAGGUCAAAUAAAUUGUAAAUGUCUCAUCUUGAGGGAAAAAAACAAGUUGUUCAACAGCUCCUUGAUCGACCACCAGCAGGUCGCCCGCGAUCAGGCAGCGGUGCAGCUGCUAAGCAGCCUUUCAGUCAGCUCUGUGAUACACCGCCCGCCACGGGCAACAAGCUGCCUGCCGUAGCGGCAUAUCACGGACUUGACUGAAAUAGCGGUUUGAGCGGAUAUCAAGCAGAUAAAAAUACACUGGUAGGCACUAAAGAUCAGAACCUGAAAAGUGGGAGAGAGACCUUCAGCGCAUGUCACAGAAACUGUGAAAUCCGCUUCAGCUGGAGCCCAUGUACACCGGGGUUGAACAUGAAUCACUUUAUUUUGCGUUCAUAGGAAAGUUAUGGGAGCAUUAUUGUCAUCAAUAUAUUUGUCAAAAUGGGUUCACAGUUGUCUAUUUGAAGAGUUGCCUGUCUGUAUCUCAAUCAGUCUGUCCAAAAUGAGAUUUGUCAAUGUGUAGAAUUUGUCAGUGUGAACCAGAAUCUUUAAAAGUCAUCUCAAAACUUGUCUGUCUGGAAUUAGGCUUUCGUGUGUGUAAAAAUUCUGCUACUCUGCUUAAAAAUUGUACAUGUAAUAAGAGUUGUCAAUGUGCUCAAAGAGAAGUCUCAGCAAUCACCUCACUAAUUAUUCAAACUGCAAAACAUCACUCUCAACUCGUAACUGGAGAGUUGUCUGUAUUUUAAGAAACUGAAGCCUAAAGAGUACAUUUUUCAACUUUGAAUAUCUUUGUAUGCACUGGCAACUCUUAUUAUUACAGGUACAAUUUUUAAUACAGAGUAGCUAAAUUUUCACAUACUGUAUAUGAAAACCUAAUUACAGACAGACAACUUUUGAAGAUUGUGGUUCACACUGAUAACUCUCACUUUGGACAGACAGAGAUACAGACAACUCUUAAUACGGACUGAAAAUUGUUUCGCAAAAAUAAGGCUCCCAUAAUCCAUCAAUACCAUUGUUUUCAAUAGGAUUGAAAAAAAAGCAAAACACCCAUGUCAAUGGGACCAGUGUUAUGUAUUCUAAU